GGGGAGGAUCGGCUUGUGUGAGCAGCAUUGGGUAACUGCAGCAGCAGCAGAGCAGCUCGGUGCGGAGAGGACGACUCACAGGAUAUUUGGUGGACUCCAGGAAACAAAAAAGCAGCUGGAGGAUCAUCUGCUCGCUGCGUCGAAGACAACACGCUCCUCAGAUUUUGUCGAGGCCGCGCUCGGACCCGGGUGUCUGUGUGCAGAACAUGGGAGGCCAGAGAUCGGUCCGGCGCCUCCUGCCCCCGCUGCUGCUGCUGCUGCUGCUCCUCGCCAGGCUGUCGCAGCUGUGGGCCUUCCCCUUCAGCCCGUCCCUGGACCUGGACGUCACGCCCAGGACCACCGUCUUCUUCGAAGGUCUGUUGGGCAGCGGCAGUUUCACCGGCUCUUCCAGGAACUACAGCACCCUCCUGCUGGAGGAGGAGAGCGGGCUGCUGUACGUGGGGGGCCUCGGGGUGCUGCACGCGCUCAACACCACCGACAUCUCCACCACGACCGCGAACCUCACGAUUGAUUGGGAUGCUUCCCCCGAACAGAAGAAGCUGUGUCUAAACAAAGGCAGAGACAAUCAGACGGAGUGCUACAAUCACAUCCGCUUCCUGCAGCGAUUCAAUGAGACUCACCUGUACGUCUGCGGAACAAACGCCUUCAGACCUCUUUGUGCUUACAUCGACGCAGAGCGGUUCAGCUUCUCCUCGGGCUUCGAGGAGGGCAGAGACAGGUGUCCAUACGACCCGGCCAAGGGGUUCACCGGCCUCCUCGUCGACGGUGAGAUGUUCACGGCUUCUCAGUACGAGUUUCGCAGCUCUCCAGACGUGCGCAGAAACUUCCCCUUCCCCACGCUCAGGACAGAGGAGGCCCCCACCCGGUGGCUUCUGGAGGCAGAUUUCGUGGGCUCCGUGCUGCUGAAGGAGAGCGUCAACAGCUCCAUCGGCGACGACGACAAGAUUUACUUCUUCUUCACGGAGAGGAGCCAGGAGCAGAUCGCCUACCCGAGCCAGACCAAGGUGUCCAGGGUGGCCCGAGUCUGCAAGAAUGACUGGGGAGGCCAGAGGACCCUGCAGAGGAAGUGGACCUCCUUCCUCAAAGCCAGAAUGGUGUGUUCAGUCCCCGAAUACGAGCUGCACCUCAAUAUCCUGCGCAGCGUGUUCGUCCUGCAGGGUCGGGACGCUCAGAGCAGCGUUUUCUACGGCGUCUUUGGCCUGGAAUGGAAGAAUAUCAAAGCGUCCGCUAUCUGCCAGUACGCCUUCUCGGAUGUGCAGAGGGCGUUCGAGGGGCCGUUCAUGGAGGUGCAGGAGUCGAAGUGGAGGGAGUACACGGGGAAGGUUCCAGAGCCAAGACCCGGAUCUUGCAUAACAGAUGUGCACAGGUCCCGGGGCAUCAACUCGUCUCGAGACCUCCCAGACAACGUGCUCACUUUCGCCAGGAGGCACCCGCUGAUGUCCGGCCAGGUGCACCCGAUAGGCGUGCGCCCGCUCAUGUUCAAGAGGAGCGUCAACUACGUGAAGAUAGUCGUGCACAAGGAGCCGGCGCUGGACGGGAACACGUACGCCGUUCUGUUUUUGGGAACCGAUGACGGGUGGCUGCACAGGGCCGUCGACAUCGGUGGAGAAAUGCACAUCGUGGAAGAGCUGCAGCUGUUUGACAAAGCCCAGCCCAUAAUGAGCAUGGUCAUAUCCUCUGCUCUGCGGAGCGUCUACGUGGGUUCCCACUCUGGAGUGGUGCAGGUCCCGAUGUCCGCCUGUCGGAGGUACACUUCCUGUUACGACUGCGUGUUCGCCAGAGAUCCGUUCUGCGGCUGGGACGGGAGGGCGUGUGUGGAAAUAUCUUCACGUGCACAGAGGUCAAACCUCACCCAGGAUAUCCUGAAGGGGAUCCGAGGCUGCAAGGAGAAUUCGGGAAAUGUGGUCCACCGGCGGCGCUCCGUGAUGUCGGGUGACGACGUGCUGCUCCAGUGCGAACUGCGCUCCAACCUGGCGUCUCCGCGCUGGACGCUGAACGGCAAAGAUCUCCAGGGAUACGGCCUCAAUUCGGGCUACCGCAUCGGCACAGACGGCCUCCUCAUCAUCGGCGCUCGCGCCCAGCAGAGUGGGUCGUAUCGCUGCUUCGCCUCGGAGAACUCCGUCUCAGUCCUGCUUUAUCUUUACACCGUCAGGGUGCACUCGGCAGACUCGUACUUCCCCGUGGAGGCCACGGCCACGACGAACCCCGCCACAGUUUCCAGCACGACUGUCUUCCCCACCGGCGGCCCCACUGAGCAGCCUCUGCCCUCGCCCCCAGCCCCGCUGCCUCCGGGGGCGGAGUUCCAGACCUACAGGCACAUGGAGGCCGUGUACAUUUCCCUGGUGGCGGUCCUCGGGGGGCUUUGCUUGGUGUUGACUGUGGUGCUGCUUUACGUGAGCUUCUGCACCAGACGGGUGUCUCGCAACCGAAAGUUCUCCGAGCAGGGGCUGCACGUCCUGGGCUCCUCCGAGAGAGAGAGGAGCUCCCAUCUGGAACUCAAAACCAUCUCCAGCCACUACAACGGCCGCCAGGGUCGACGCUCCACGUCGGUGGCGACUUUCGGGGACUUGGGCGACGGCUUCCUGCAGAUAGUUCCGGGCGAGGGCCAGUUCUCUCUGUGCAAAACGCCUCCGCCGGCUCCUCCUCUUCCCAUGCCGCCUCCGCUGCCCAACAUGGACUACGCCAACGGGCUGUCGUCCACUCUGCCCAGCGUGCUGAGGAAGAUGAACGGGAACAGCUACGUGCUGCUGCGGCAGGUCGACCACGACGGCAUGUCGCCGCUCUACCACUCCUUCACAGAGGAGCUCAACAGGAUCCUGGAGCAGAGGAAACACGUACAGCUGGACCCGCAGCCCGACGAGAGCUCCAUCUAGGACGCCCCCCCUCUCAGUCGUUGUUAUUUAUUUUGACCCCACGAGGGUGACCCGUAGCUGAGGGGAAGAACUGACUAUUGUAUCAAACGCUGCUGUUAUUUACCUGGUGUCACCUGCAGGUCGAGUCCUCGCUUGACCUGAAAUGUGCAGAUGUGUCCCACGACAAACAAACGGCCCAUGAUUUCAAGUCAACAACGGACCGCACUAACCAGAGAUUGAUAUUUAAAACGUGUAGCCGUGUAAAAGAUAAAUUAACCACAGACUGCACUGUUACAAUGACCACGAGCUGGCCAAGGCUCUCUGGAGGCUUGUGAACGAUGGCGGUCGGAUGACACACAAAAAAAAUGCAAAAGGUGCAAACUGGGACACGAAAAUAAAUCAGGCCCCGGAGGCGAUCUUGUGUUUAUUAUGAGACUGUGGGAGCGUUCAGGAAGUGCGAUGUAACAUUACCCUUCUACGGAGCUUAAAGUGAUACUCCACCCAAAAUCAGCAUUCAAAUGCUGUUGGAAAGUGAAUCGUGUACCUGCCUGUUGCACGUUUCUGUUCCCUGUUCCGAACAGGUUUGACUCACCUGCAGUCACGGGAUCAUUCUGCAUCACGCUGAUGGUGAUAACAGCUGCUAUAGCUGGGAGGCCUUCUGAUGUUGGCAGUCCAGGGUUCAUUCAUGGGCAAAGACAUGCAUCCUUUCAGGAUGAAUUAGUGUGCACAACACCUCCAGGUGUGUCGCAUCAGUGACUAAUAAGGCGUGACCCUCCCGACCCCUGUGUGUGACAUCGGAGCUGACCCUCCGGUCUCCUCCUACAAGCAUUAGAUUGAAGAAGAAGAAGAUUAAGAGUAGUUUCGUGUCCAAACUAGAAACGGUGCGCUCCAUGAAGGUUCACAUCUCAGCCGGGUGUGUCUUACCCCGACUGAAUCUGGGCCAGAGUCGUGACCGAGGAGUCAGCAGGCAGUCAGCAGGCAGUCAACGGCGGUACGAGACGGGCAAUAAAAAGGUGUUUUUGAGAAAGUGUGAGUCGCCGCAGUCCUCGAGAGGUCCUUGAGCGUGCAGCCAUAACCGCCCGCCCGAAAUAUGAUGCAGUUUUGCUUCGGCAUGUUGUGAGAUUAGUCGUGGACGGACACGGAGGUGCACACUCACUCACAGACACACGUGAGCGAUCGCCUGAUUUAUUUCUAGCGGAGUAAGGCAGGCUGCAACUUACAAAUAUUGUCACGAUUACUUAAUCUGCCAUUUUUUUUCAUUUUUUUUUUCAUUUAGCGUAAUUGUUUGGUCUCAAAAAAUGACAGAAAAGGAGUGAAGAAUUCUCAUCACAAUUUUUUUU